GGCGGUCUAUCAGUGAAGCUUCAGCCGAGAGCAGGAAACAGCAGUCACUGUCCAAGACAAAGAGAAACAAUCUAAGCGUGUUUGUGGAUGAUGUCGAGCACUCUACGGUCGCAGCAGCGCGUCGCUCUCAUGAUCCUGAUGGUAGUCACAGCCGUGCAGUGUCAGGAGAGCGAGAGUAGACGAGCGGUCACAGAGCAUCAGUUGAUGCAUGAUCGCGGCCGCUCUAUUCAGAGUCUGAAGAGACUGAUUUGGCUGUCGAGCGCGAUCGAGGGGCUUCACACUGCUCAGAUGCGCACACUGACCACCGACGAUCCUGACAGCAGAUGGCGCUAUCGCAGUCCGGGGCUUCUCCUCUCUCAGCCCGGCAAGGACAGCAGCAGCCACAAGAGGACGCUAGAGUCGCUUUUAAGUGACAUGUACAGACCUCACCUCACCGCUGGGCUCGGAGAUGGAGAAAAAUAGCUCUCGAUCUUUCUGAUGUCCCGGAAUAAUCUCUGAAUUGCCACCAAUUGUAGUCCCAUUCUGUGUACACUGAAAGCGAGCAAUGCAACAUUACGAAAGCUAGACAGUUUUGUUGAUUACAUCGCCUCAAAUCACCAACUAUUAUUGAA